AUGGAAGUCGCUCCGUCGAUGAACUUUUCUGGGGAAGGGACGUCCCAGCCACAACCUCAGGCAUACGACCUUGACAAAAUCAUUUCGGAUUGCAGCAUCGACAUGCCUCAGUUAAGCUUUGACUGUUCGACUGCUCCUUCAAGUCUCUCGUCGGUCAACUCUUCAGGCAAUGAGUUCGACGAGCUGAAGCUAAAUCCUGAAGCACCCAGCUUUCCAUACUAUGACCCCUGGACUACCGUCGACCCGACACAAGUCAGUCACUAUGGAGGACAUUCUUCUUGCAACCAGGCCGAUUUAUACGGAGGAUUUACUACGAAUGAAGAACUGAAAUGGAUUCUUGUUGGCUUGGCAUCGAAAGUGGAUGCUAUCAACGCGGCAAUAGGCGUAACAAACGCUAGAAUUACUAGCGUGGAGGGUAAACUUGAUUCAAUAUUCAACGAGCUGCCGAGGACUGAGAGAACCCUAGAGGCCAUAGAUGAACUCAAAGUAAGUGUCAAGGAGUUCUCCAAGGCGCUGAUCACACAGUUGUUUGGAUCAGUGGACGUUGGGACUCCAGAAACUGUGUGA